AUGGCUGUGUGUCAUAGACGGAGUAUCGUCGUCGGCUGUGCAUUAGGUGCUGUUGUUGGUGCAUCCAAUAUUUACCUUGGACUAAAGACUGGGUGGUAUUUCCUUCCCCCACAACUCUUUGGUGCCAUUUUCGGCUUUGCGAUAUUGAAGCCCCUUUCUAAAAUCGUCGGAGGUCUGGGACCUGGUUGGGUCACUGGCGAUAAACAGUUUGGCCCAAAGGAAAAUGUAACCGUUCAGUCGGCUGCCACUGCUGCGGGGGGUCUUGGUAUCAUAUUCGUCAGCGCCGUGCCCGCCAUGUAUCGUUUGGGCCUUCUCUCUGAGUUUCCACAACAUGACAUUGGGAAACUCAUUGGCUUGGCGGUUUGCGUUGCCUACUAUGGCGUCUUCUUUGUCAUUCCACUCCGCAAGUACUACAUUCUCAAGCAAAAGCUUGUCUUCCCAACACCUUCUGCUACUGCCUACACGAUAAGACAGUUACACAUGAUUGGCGGCGCAACUGAUGCUUUCAAAAAGGCGAAGAUGCUUGGCUACAGCCUCCUCGCCGCAUUCUGUUUCAAAGUUGCAGCAGGUUACGCACCGGGUUUGAUCUGGGAUUGGCAUAUCGGUUGGAUCAUGUACCGUAUCGGUUUUGCCGCCAUGAUCUCCUUGGAUAACUAUGGGUGGUGGAUCGAAUUCACACCUGCCUUUUACGGUGCGGGCAUGUUAGCAGGAAUGAACGCCUCGUGGUCGUUCUUCAUGGGUGCCAUCCUCGCAUGGGGCAUUAUUGCUCCUUCAACCAUCGCCACUGGUGCUGCCGUCGGUAUGGAUCUCGGCAUCGAUAACAGAUGGUCGUAUUUGUCCCUUCAUCUUAGUGACAUCGAAAAGUAUUCGAAAACCCCAUCACCACGCUACUGGCUUUUAUGGCCAGGUGUGCUCAUGAUGGUUGUAUCGUCGUUUGCUGAAGUCAUCCUAUCCUCACGUCAUGCAUUUUACAAAAUGGUCAUGUCGGUGUCCUCAAGACUUUGUGCGAGGUAUCGGAAUUCCAAUCGCAGUGACCCCGACUUUGGCCGCGGGAUAAAGGAUGAUAAUGACCCUGCCCCUCUGGAGGACCAUGUUCCCUCCUGGGCUUGGUUGGGUGGCCUCAUCAUAUCCAUUGCCCUUACAUGCUCAAUCGUCACUACUCAAUGGAACAUGAAUGUCGGUGAAGCUGUCCUCGCCCUUAUCUUUGGUUUCCUGCUCUCCUUCCUCGCUGUACGGAGCGCAGGUGAUACGGAUCUCAAUCCUGUAUCAACAUGCGCUAAGGCGAGCCAGCUGGUUUUCGGAGGGAUAGCUAAAAGUCAGAAACUCGACGUGGUGACCGGUCAGACGCUCAACCUAGUGGCCGGUGUUUUGGCUGCUGGUGCUUCCGCUCAAUCUGCUGACAUGACUGGUGAUCUCAAGACUGGUCAUUUGAUCGGGGCUAAGCCCAAAGACCAAUUCGUUGCACAGCUCACUGGAGCUACUGUAGCCAUCUUUCUCAACGUUGCCUUGUUCAUAUUGUUCACCAAAUCCGCCCCCUGCAUCCUUUAUCCACCGGACAAUGGUGUUUGCCCGUACAGCGUGCCUGCCGUUAGCGCGUGGGCAGCUGUCGCCACCGCGGUACUUGCAAAUACACUGCCUAUUCCACCUUCCUCUGGUUAUACGGCCAUCGCAUUAUCCAUGGUCGCUGGGGUCGCUAUUAUCGUCAAGCAUGUUUACAUUCCCCGCAGGCACUGGGCCUAUGUCCCUAAUUGGAAUGCUGUCGGACUUGCCUUCAUCUUGCCGCAGGUUUAUUACCCCAUGAUCAUGUCCGUUGGCGCCACUGUUAACCAUGUUUGGCAACGCAAAAAUCCGGGCUCAUUCGACUUGUAUGGGUUCCCGCUGGCUGCCGGUCUUAUUGCUGGUGAGGGAAUGGGGGGCGUCAUGGAUGCUAUCUUAGCAAUUGCUGGUGUUGAUGGAAGUGUGUAUGGAACCUCUAUUGGAUGUCCCUCGAUGCAGUUUUGUGGCUAAAUGAGCCAUCUGCUCAUUUUGUGCUUUCUUCAAUGAUUGACCAAAACCCUUAACUCCCGAGGCGGCACCGUCCACGCGCUUCGUUGUUCUGUCCCUGUACUAACCAGUUCAGUGCUGCGGAUCGAUUGUCGCAUGAGCACGAUUCGUUGGCUUCGCUUGGGUUGCUCUCGCGUCAGGAGAAACGUAGACCUGUGCGGGAAAUCACCAAAACCAGCAAUGUCACGCUUUCACCAGGGAGUAUAUAAAUCAAAAGUCAGGAUCCAGGGGAUCAAAGUAACCCAUAUUGAAUGGAAAUGGGAUGAAGAAAUCGUCAUCGAAUUCAAGACCAUCUGAGUCCCCAUAACCAUCGUAGUCAUGUAAAGUGUCAUCAUACCACUUGUCCAUAUGAUGUUCAGCUUCCUCGGGACUAAUGCCAUGCCUAU